UGUGCAUAUCUUUUUUCAGUUGCAUUUUUUCUUGUUACUGCAACGUAAGGCUGAGAGAAAGGCAAUUUCAAUCCUUGAAAUUGACAGAAUUGACAAUAACAGAAUUGACAGAAUUGACAAUAAAGCUGACUCUGACUGAAAUAGCAUACCACAUACAGGUCCUGACUGAUAGUUAUUCGUUUAGAAAUAGUUUCACUUUCUUAAUAUUUAAGUAGUGCUUGUGAAAAUGCCAGCGUACAAGAUACGUUCCUGUUUGACUGCACUGAACCGAAAGCAAAUACGUCGGGACAGUCGUGAAAACCAACAAAGAAUUCAUGGCUGGCGUUGUGAGUUUUGCCGGCUGGCGCACUGUUGAAGACGGCAAGACUCUUUCCGAGGAUCAGGAGCCGAAAUCGGGCCGGAUUUACAUCAUGUAUCAUGGCACACAUAUCGGCAACGCCGAAGAUAUCAUCAACCACGGCUUCAAGCCGUCCGCAAGCGGAUUGCUGGGCAAAGGCGUGUACGUCAGCCGCAACAUCGAGAAGGCCAAAUGCUACCCGCUCCGAACCGACAAGAGCGACAAGGUCGUGUUCAAGCUCAAAGUCAAUGUCGGCAAAGUGAAAAAAAUCGACACCGACAACCAUCCACUGCGCACGACCUGGCACAACGAUGGCUAUGAUUGCGCAUGGGUGCCUCCAAACAGCAAUAUCAAGUCAAUCAAGUCCGGCCGAGAGGAGGACUGCGUGUGGGACCCGAAGCGCAUCACUGUGGUCGACGUGGCGUGUUGCGUUGAUGACGGCAAACGACGCAAGCUGCGGCAGCUCAUCCAGAGCCUUGUGCGCAGCAACGAGUGUCCAUCAUGUCGCCAGAGCUCUCCGAAAUUACCACACGAGUUACAGGAUUGCUGGGAGUGCGGUAGCAGGAUCUGUCCCUUUGAGAAAGCGCAUGUGUGUAUGACACCGGGGUAGAUCCAGUCCUGGAGGCCCAGCACAGUCAGGUGUGUUGAAGGGCCUCCCAGUGUUGGCUGUGAGGAACUCUCAGUACAAAAAAACAACCUACCUGUUCACAUUUUGUAUUUUAAAGAUACACUAUACCGAAGUUCCCAUGUGCAGAGUAAAAAAAAGAAGAAGAUAUAACUUAAUGUAUUGUGUCAGUCUUAAAUAAAGGUAGAGUUUAACCGCAUUUUUUUUUUCCUGAAAAUGUGCAUGGUCAAGUAAUGUGACUUGUAACUGUGGCAAUUAUGUUACUGUUUAUCUCAAUGCCUCAACCAGUAAAAUCAUGAAAUGUGUUUGUAUGAGACACCAUUAUAAAACUUUUUUUUUUCACUAGGCUAGAAUUUUCUUUUUGUUUUUCACCUUUGAUUGUUUCUGUUAUUUUGUCUUCUAUCUAUGUUUACUUUAGGUUCUUUAGUUUGGCAUUGUUAGAACUAACCUUAUAACCUAAUAACUUAUAGCCUUCCUAUGUAACCAAAUAGCAAUACUUCAAGAAGGCUGGCCAUCAGGGUUCACAAAGCAUCUGGCUGGGACCAGAGCUGUGCAAAGGGAUUAGAAACUUACAGUAUGCAAAUAAGCAAAUAAUGAAUAAUUAAUAAAAUGAAAUCACUCGAGUGGGAGAGUUUUGCUUUCAGUCCAAUGAAGGUCGCUGUAAAAAAAACUGUCCAGAAAAUCACUAAUUAAAUAUAGCUUUAUUUACUUUAAAGAGUUUUUCCAAUAUUCACACAGCCCAUGCAGUGUACACGGGGCAGCAUAUCUCUGCUGGGUCUCCCGAAAAUUGUAUUUAAUUAAUCAGAAAAAUAUUAACAUGUAUGUUAAUCGUGUAUGAAUUUUUAAAUGGUUCUUAUAUAUAAUAUGAUAUAAUAUAAUAUAAUAUGUUCUUGAUUGUAUUAAAAGAAAAUAUUCCCAGAAAAUCAUUCAGUAAUAUAAGUGAAAUGCAGGGCCCUGUUCAGAUGAGCAGCAGCACUUUGUCCGAGCCCCCCCAAAAAUAAAAGUAAGCCUGAAAAAUAUUACAAGUUUAUUAGAUGCCUACAUUAAACAACAGUUUACAAUUGUACAAACAACUGAUUCUUGGAAGGAAAUCAAUGUUUUGACACAUAGUUCCCUCGUUUAGGCUUACUCAGUCAUAUUAGAUAGAAAGCUUGCCAGAAAGUUCCACAGGCCAUCUGCUUGAGACCAGUUCUGAACCCGUUUGAAGUAGCUGAGCAUCUGUUCAGGAGUUGAGUAAAGGUAUGUUAUCCAACAUACCAUAGGUUUAUGUUUCCAAGGGCAUAGUGAUAGCGAUCACAUUAAAAAAAAAAAAAAAUCCAGUCUAGACCACAUCCUCUUCUGGCUGAAAUCCAAAAAGGGAUCAAGAUAUUUGAUUGUAGCAAAGGGUACUAUAGCCUAUAAAUUAUGUAUUAG